AUGGCUUCUUGUCUUGUGCCGGACUUCCCGGCCGUCAUGGUUGCUCUCGAGCAUUUAAAGAAACUGGACAAGCAGCUGAAAGAGGAUGGAGUACCUUUCUCACCUGAAGCCAGCCUCCACCUGACGGAGAUAACUGCUGCGAUCACUGAACUUGAGAUGGAUUGUCAUGCUGCUCAUGAGCAUUUGGAAGUGGAAACCAUAGAAAACAGCAAGUUGAGACAUGCAAUUAACAAUAUAAGAGAAAGAAUGAGCCAGGAAACUAUGGCUGAUGUAGCAGCAGCCCGGGCAUCUAACACUGAAGAGAUAGAGCAGCUGCACAAAGACCUCAACGCAGUCUCUCAUCAGCAAGAAGCCACUGUAAAGAGGCGUGAAACACUCCUGAGCCAGAAGGAGGCACUGUACCUGGAGCGAGAGCAGGUGAAGGCUGAACAUGAAGAGAUCAUUGCUGUUCAGAAUGAGCAAAUCACCUUAAAGUAUGGCUCGCAGAAAGAGCUUGAUGAGACGAAGGACCGGAUAAAUGCGCUGAAGUCCUGCAUCACCGCUGUCAAACAGGACAAAGUAACCCUGCAGCAAAAGAUGGCGCUGGAGAGAGAGGCUUUCACGGUAAAAAAAGACAACCUGUACAGAGAGGUGGACCAGGCUAAGGAUAAAGUUAAUCAGCAGAAGCAAUUGAUUGAGAGGAGCAGAGGAGAAUUGGACAUAAUUAAUUACAAAAAACGAGAAACCCAUGACCAUCUGAGUACGCUCAUAAUUGACGUGGCCAAGCUAGAGAGCAACUUGCGAAGACUGGCAGCAUCUCGGUGCCAGUGCGAGAAACAGCUGCAGGGGGAAACUCAAAAGCAUCAAGAAUUGAGGCAACAGAGAGAAACGCUGAAGAAGGAGUUACGUGAGUUAGGAGAAGCCUUCUGUGUUGCCGUCCAGCGUCUUAAAGAAGAAAUUGCCACAGUGGAAGAUGAAAUAAAGGAGGCUCAAGCAUCAAGAUCGCUCUGUCAAGACUCCUUGGCUCAAAUCUAUGAGAUAUUCACGCACCAGCAUGAUGAAGAAAACGAUGUAAGAGCAGAGCAUUUCCACGUCUCGCAGCAGCUCGAGCAGACCAAGCUGCAGCUGGAGGAGCGCAUCGCCACCAUAGUCAAACACAGCAAGGAGAUCAAAGAGAUAGACAAGCAGAUCAGAGAACUCCUGGAGGCCGAAACGAUCACCAAGCGUGUGUUUAAAAGGAAUCAGGGGAAGUUGUGCGAUAACGUUGAUACAGAGAAGAAGAACGUCAUUCAUUUUGAGGAGGAGAAGAGGCGGCUAACAAGGCUAUUGGAGGAGGUGAAGAGGAACCAGGAGGAGCACGUGGCAAAGAUGACCUCAGAUAUCUGCAACACCAGGAUGAGAUACCAGGAGCUUCGACAAGAGGAGACCGCACUCCAAAAGCGCGAUCCCAAGAGCACAAAUGCUGACUUGCUGAUGAGCCAUGUGACCAAGUGUGAGGUAGAAUACAGACAAAAAGAAACCAAACACCAGGAGGAAAUAGCGCGGUGCACAGCAAAGACCGUGAGCAUCAUGAGGAGCCACGUGGAGAAGCAGAGGGAGGUGAAGGAGCAAGAGGAGAUGCUGAAGGAGGUGGUUGCAAAGUGGAAUGAAGAGCAAUCCAGGCACCAGAGAUUGAAUACGCUGACCUCCGAAUUCAGGAGGAGGAGAACCGAUCUGAAGCUGUUGAUUCAGGGGCUGAAGGAGAAAACGGGCUCUCUGCUGCAGCCCAAAGAAGACAUGAAGACAGAGCUGGAGGAGCUGCGAGAAAGUUACAUGGACGUGCUCGAUGAGCAGGCCUCGGAGCUGAGAGCUGUCGAGAUGAGCAUCUAUGACAAUGGCGUGAAACUGGAGCAGGUCAGCAUGGAGAACAGCAGGCUGCAUCUUUGUAUCAGACAGAUGACAGAGGAUGUUGACGGAGUCAGAGAGGACAAAGAACGAUACUGGCAGGAGGUUCACCAGUUCAAGCGGAACAUAAAGACCUUGUUUGAGAGCUUACAGGAUGCAUGGAAAGAGGAUUCAUUGGUAACUCUGGACGGUCAGAACAGCGAUGGUGUGCUGUUGGUGUCGUCGAGUGCCAUGUUGAACCACCUGAAGACCAGGAGACAGCAGUUGGGGAAUGUCAGCACACUUUUACACCACCAAAUGUUAGACUUCAGCAAACGACUAGGGGAUAAAACAAUUGUAUAA